CCCGAGAUGUCCGGUCCCACCUGGCUCCCCCCCAAGCGGGCAAGUUCUUCGGGGUCUCCCGGCGUCUCAGUCUCUGCUCCGGCGCUUUGCAAACCCCAGAAGAAACAUGCCACGGGCCCUGCAUCCCCCCGGUUGGCCCCCCAGGAACAGAACGGGGAAGGCAUGAGUGGGACGGGCUACCAGCCAGAGGGCCCCGGCAGCCUCUCCCCCCAUCAUCAGGAUCCCAGGGGGCUGGCCCCCCUGCUUUCUAGCUUUGGCCCCCUGGCUGGCUCCCAGCAUCAUCACCCAUCUGUCUCUGGGGCCAAGGAUGAGCGAGGCCUGGGGGCACCGUGGGGGGCUGCCCUGUCUGCUGCACGAGGAUACCACAUCCAGGGAUCUGCCCUAGAUCCAGGACCCCACCGCCCUUCCAGCAUUGACGCCCAAAUAGAUUCACUCACCCAUAUGCUGGCAGAUAUGGAGAGCACCGGCCCCCAGCGCCAGGGAGAGAGGCAGAACUUCGACUCUGUCCCGUAUCCAUCAGCAACUGCCCCCCCACAACCUGGCGCCCACAAAAUGCCCAGCCCUUACAAGCCAGGCUCCUUUGCCCCACCCUGUGCCUCCAAGAGCUCAUCAUAUGGGCCGUUGCCCCAACCUGCCACCUCAAUGGCUCCCUCCGGGCCAGCUCCCCCAUAUGGGGCUGGCUAUCCAUGGAUGCUGCCUGGGCAGAAGCUGUAUCCACAGCCUAUGCCUGCAUCCUACACCACGGCCUCCACAUCAGCUGGGCCAGCCUUCAACAUCCAGGUCAAAGUUCCCCAGCCAGUGUUAGGCUAUGGUCAGCCGAGACGCCGGGCUGAGCAGGCUUAUGCACCCCCAUCACCCGGAGCUGGCCGUGGAGCCCAGUACGGCUCAGAGCCAGGUGGCAGGGGGGUGGAGGGCUGGUAUCUGGAGCCUGGGGGCUAUGGCAAGAGGCUGGGUGAGGGGGAAUGCUAUGAGGCAGGAGGGCUGGCGAAGCCAGGAGAGGCAUCCGGGACUCAGUACCAAGCUGCUGUGGGGACUCCAGGAAAGGAAGAGAUGGCGGUGUCAGCAAAGGUGCCCCCUGGUGACAGAGGAGGAUACCAGCACCAGACCCCCCUGAGACGCCCGGAGGAGGAGCUGGAUAGACUGACCAGGAAGUUGGUGCAUGACAUGAACCACCCACCGGCAGGGGAGUACUUCGGUCGCUGUGCCCGCUGCGGGGAGAACGUGGUGGGGGAUGGGACGGGCUGUGUGGCCAUGGACCAAGUAUUCCACGUGCACUGCUUCACCUGUGCCACCUGCCAUGCCCGCCUGCGGGGCCAGCCCUUCUACGCCAUAGAGCGGCGUGCCUACUGCGAGGCCUGCUACGUGGUGACGCUGGAGAAAUGCUCCAUGUGCUCCAAGCCCAUCAUGGACCGGAUCCUGCGGGCCAUGGGCAAAGCCUAUCACCCCCAGUGCUUCACCUGUGUCGUCUGCCACCACUGCCUGGACGGCGUGCCCUUCACCGUGGAUGCCACCAGCCAGGUGCACUGCAUCGAGGACUUCCAUCGGAAGUUCGCCCCCCGCUGCUCUGUGUGUGGAAAUGCCAUCAUGCCGGAGCCUGGGCAGGAGGAGACGGUCAGGAUCGUCGCUCUAGAUCGCAGCUUCCACAUUGGGUGCUACAAGUGUGAGGAGUGCGGACUGCUGCUGUCAUCAGAGGGCGAGGGCCGAGGCUGCUACCCCCUGGAUGGGCAUGUCCUGUGCAGAGCCUGCAGCGCCCGGCGCAUCCAGGAGCUUUCGGCGAAGGUCACCACGGACUGCUGAGCCUCGGGGGCCUGGCUGGCCCAC